UAUGUAUUAAAAAUGUGUGAAAAAAAUCAUAAACCGAAAAUAAUUGUCUUUGAUUUAGAUUAUACUUUAUGGCCAUUUUGGAUUGAUACUCAUGUCAAUCCUCCUUUUAAAAAGAAAGGCAAUGAUGUAAUAGAUUCUUAUGGUCAAAUUAUAAAAUAUUAUAAAGAAGUACCUGAUGUUUUAAAAUAUUUAUAUGAAGAAGGAUAUGAACUUGGUGUUGCAUCUCGUACUUCAGAAAUACAAGGUGCUAAACAAUUAUUAAAUUUAUUUAACUGGGAUAAUUAUUUCAAAUAUAAAGAAAUUUAUCCAGGAAGUAAAGUAACUCAUUUUUCUAGGAUCCAAAAAAUAUCAGAAACUGAUUAUAAAGAUAUGAUAUUUUUUGAUGAUGAAUAUAGAAAUAUUAAGGAUAUAGAAAAACUUGGUGUUAUUUGUAUACAUGUUAAAAAUGGUAUAAAUUAUACACUUGUAGAAAAUAGUCUUAAAAGUUUUUGAUAUUUGUAAUUUUUUAAUUAAAUCUAUGUAAAAAAUAAAAUUUUAUUUUUAA